AGCCUUGGCUCGGGCAGCCGCUGCUGCGGCCCCCGCGAGCAGAGCCCCUCCAAGGCCAACCGCCCCCGCACGCCGCGCGGCGGGGGGAGGCGCCAGCGGGCCGCCGUAUGGUGGCCUGGGCGGCGGCGCUAUGGUUGCUCGCCGCGCUGUGCCUGGGGGCGCUACUGGCGCCCCUGUGGUCCCGGCUCGACGAGGUCAGGAGGAAGCUCGCGCUGGUGGCCUACGGUGGGCUGUACCUCGUGCUCUCGCGGGACGGCCAGUUCCAGCUGCCGCCGGAUCCGGGUAAGUCCUCUGGCAGCGUGUGCAAGACCAAGACCAUUGUCUUCGUUCGGCACGGCGAGAGCUCCUGGAACGAGUGCUUCAACCGCGGCGUCGGCCUCGGUGCUCUCCUCCGAGUCGCGCUGGCCCUGGCGCAGGAGCUCGCCAUGCUCCUGAGCCUGGACUCGCUGUUCUUCGACUCCCCGCUCAGCCGCGAGGGCCUGUCGCAGGCUGAGGAGCUGCGGCGCUUCCUGGAGUGCCCCGACGGCUCGGAGCUGCGGGGCCUCUGCGGCGCCGCCGUCUUGGCGAGCAGUUGCCUGCGGCGCGCCGCGUGCACUGGGCUGCUGGCCUUCCGCUGGGCGCUGGGGGACGGCCGCCCGGUCUGGGCGCUGUCUUGCCUGCAGGAGAUCAGCCGCAACGUCGACACGCUCACCCUCUGCGCCGCCCACCGCCCGCCGCCGCUGCCAGCUCCGCUGCCCGGCGGCCCCGCGCCCGGCAGCCUGCCUGCAGGCUGCCUGCAGGCGGCGUACAACUUCGGCAACAAGGGCCUCGCGGGGAACGGCGGGCAGCGCCUCGAGGCCUUCUGCGAGUGGGCCUUCUCGGACUGCAGCCCAGCCGCGCUGCAGCCGGCAGUGGUGGUGUUCGGGCACUCCCUUUGGUUCCGGACGUUCUUCCAGGUGUUCCUGCCGCACGCCGCCUACCACGAGUGCAAGCACGCGAAGAUCGUCAACUGCGGCGUGGUCGCGUUCGAGCUGGAGCUGCUGGGCGGCAGCGAGAGUGGCCGCACGGAGUACCGCGUCCGGCCCGGGUCCGUCAGGACGCUGUACGGCGGCUUCGAGGGGUCCAAGCAGAAGCGGAGGCAGCGGUGCGCGGAGCAUCGAAAGAAGCAGGACUGAGCGCACGGGGCCGUGAUCGGAUGGCGGUGCCGCUGUGGAGCCGAAGAAGAGUGCUAUCGCUGCCAGGCGGAA